AUGAUCGUGGACGUGGUGGUAGUGGUGGUUUCCGAGGUAAAUCUAUUCUUGUCUCCAUGUGGAUCAGGUAGAGGUGGUGGUAGAGGAGGAUACCAACCAAGAGAUUUCGGACCACCUUCUGAAGUACAAGAAAUCGGAGCUUUCUUACAUCCCGUCGAAUCAGAAAUGCUUUGUACUUUAUCCGCACCUACUAAAAUCCCUUAUUUCAACGCACCCAUUUAUCUCGCCAACAAAACUCAAAUUGGAAAGGUUGACGAGAUCCUCGGACCUAUCAACGAGGUUUACUUUACGGUGAAGAUGGAUUCUGGGAUGCAAGCUGCUAGUUUUAAGAAAGAUGAUAAGGUUUUCAUUGGAGGAGAUAAAUUGUUACCGAUAGAAAGGUUUUUACCUAAACCCACUAUCCCGGGAGCUAAACCUGAAAAACGUGGUGGUGCUCGAGGGGGAAGAGGGGGUAUGCGAGGUCGAGGAGGACCACCAGGUAGAGGUGGAGGUCGUGGUUUCUCACGAGGUGGUCCUCCAGGAAGAGGAGGUUUCGCUUCGAGAGGUUUCGGCGGUUCAAGAGGUGGACCUCCUAGAGGUCGGGGAGGUUUCAGGGGAAGAGGGGGUUAA